CGGAAAAGGUGUUGACGCAUUAUCGUUGUCUGUCAACAGCAGUGAUCAGAUCUACUUGAGACGCCACAAAGCCCACUUGGACUUUGGCUUCUCCUCUGUGGAAGUUGCAGCUGUGUGCGUGUGUGUGUGUAGGGCUUUUUCUCUGCACCGUGAUGUCUUCAGAGCUGCUGGUAGAUCUGGGCGAAGACCCGUCGACGGCACAGUUGGGACAGCUGAAGCUGACAACGAUAGAGGACCAGCAGUGGCCCGCAGAUGAGACCACUCUCAGCAAGUCAGAGACCGAUAUGUCCCAGCGCUUCGAUGCCGACUCCCCCCACCUGUCCUGGGACCAUCCCUUCUAUGACAUCGCCCGGCAUCAAAUCAUUGAAGUUGCAGGUGAUGAUAACUUUGGCAGGAAGGUGAUAGUGUUUAACGCAUGUAGGAUGCCUCCACAUCACCAACUGGACCAUCACAAGCUGCUGAUGUAUCUUAAAGGAACACUGGAUCAGUAUGUUGAAAGUGAUUACACUCUGAUCUAUUUCCAUCAUGGGCUGACCAGUGAAAACAAACCCUCUCUCAGCUGGCUGCGGGAUGCAUACAGGGAGUUUGACAGAAAGUAUAAGAAGAACAUCAAGGCGUUGUAUAUCGUCCACCCUACCAUGUUCAUCAAGACUCUACUGAUCCUCUUCAAACCAUUUAUCAGUCUUAAGUUUGGAAGGAAGAUAAACCUACGUGAGUCAGCUGAAUCAUUCCUGCCCCCGGUCAAAGAGUACGACAACAAGUUGAGAGCGUCUCUGAAAUCAGGCGCUGAGCCCCCCGUGUCUCCUCUUCAUAGCCCUCCCCUCCCCAACCAGGUGUUUGGGGUGCCACUUGCAAUACUCAAACAAAGGAGUCAAGAUGAGGAUCCAGUUCCCGUGGUGAUGAGAGACACCAUCAACUUCCUUUCAGAGCAAGGUUUGGAGAUCGAAGGGAUCUUCAGACGUUCUGCUAACGUGACGUUGGUAAAGCAGACACAGCUCCAGUACAACUCGGGGGCAACAGUGAAUUUCAGAGAGAUGGAAGAUGUCCACUUGGCUGCUGUGAUCCUGAAGACAUUCCUGAGGGAGCUGCCUGAGCCCCUCCUCACCUACCAGCUCUACAACGACAUCGUCAACUUCAGCUCUGUACCCACUGACAGCCAGGUGGAGCAGCUGAAGACCCUGAUGGAGUCUCUGCCAGAGGAGAACAACGUGUCACUGCGGUACCUCAUCUCAUUCCUGGCCCAGGUGUCAGCCAACAGUGAGGUGAAUAAGAUGACCAACAGUAACCUGGCUGUGGUGUUUGGGCCUAACCUGCUCUGGGGGCGGGACAACGCUAUGUCACUCAGUGCCAUUGGGCCAAUCAACAACUUCACCAGAAUCCUGCUGGACCAACAGCACCUGGUCUUCACCUAAACCCCCCCCUCCACCUUCCAUCCUGCAGGCUCUCUUCCAGCCAGUCCAUCAAAACAGUAGACACUCUGAAAAUUAAUUCUGCUCACACCAUUCUCUACAUUCUGAUUAGCAUUGUCUUUAUAUAGAGCCUCCAUUUCCAUGUGACUCGAGGCACCAAGAUGGAUAUAGGAGAAAUAUUAGACUGCAGGCAAAUAACCCUUACAAUAAACGAGUUAUAGCACACACGUCAACAGGAAAUACUUUGUUGGCUUGCCCACAUUCACACUGGUAUGAUAGGAAUUUGGAGACGCUGAUUCAACUUCAAAGUGGCGAGUCAUAUAUUCUUUCUGCUUCUGCUGUCUGUCAUUCAGCCUCAUGAUGUAACAGUAAUCAUGAACAAACCAAAAACAAGAUUAUAUAGAUUUACAGAAAUAAUCACUUUGAAUAAACUCACAGCACAUAUUAACAGAAUUAAAGAAGGUGGCGAUAUCCUUCAUUUUGGUCAGGAAUAGAAAAAAGAGAGAGAAAUAUCUCCAAGUUUCACAUGUAUCCUCCUCCCUAGAU